UGAGAAUCGUUUGAUUAGAUAGUAUUAUAGAUUAUAGAUUCGUACGUUUAAAAAUUCAAGUUGAAACUUUCAAUUUUCCAACGAAUGACAUUGAUGUUCAAUCUUAAUUAUUUGUAUACCCAUGCAAUUUCUAAAAGAUUAGUAUAGUCGUAUUAAACUCAUUACUUUACGAGUAAGUAGGUACAUCACUCGCUCCGCAGUGAUUAAUUUUGUGCUGCCCGAAAUAGUAGGUAUAACAUACAUUUUCGGAUUACCUACCACUUGGCGUACCUACGAACGGUAAGACACAACAGGAUCAUAACAUCGUAGUAUUUAAAACAACAUGGACAAGACCAGUGCUGACGCAAGACAUGAGACAACUGUGCAUUGGUUCAGGAAGGGUAUGCGUCUGCACGACAACCCGGCGUUCAAGUUAUCGUGUGAAGCAAAGAAUGGUAGCGGUGAGCGUUACAAGCUCAGGCCUAUUUACAUACUUGACCCUUACUUCCGUAAAUACAUACGGGCCGGUGCAAACCGUUGGAGGUUCUUGCAGCAGAGCAUGGUGGACUUGGACACGACACUUCGGCAACUGGGCACGCGGCUGUACGUUAUCAGAGGGUUGCCACACGAAGUAUUUCCGGACUUGUUUGCCAAAUGGAAUGUAAAACUGUUGACGUUUGAGUUGGACACCGAGCCGUAUGCUCGCGAGAGGGAUAGUCAAGUGGAACAACUGGCCAGAAAACAAGGUGUCAAAGUAGAACAAAAGGUCUCUCACACUAUUUAUAACACUGAACUUGUACUCAGGGCGAAUGGAGGCAGCGUUCCAAUGACUUAUCAGAAAUUUGUAUCUGUUGUCGGCUCAAUGCCAACUCCUCGUCGACCAAUACCUGCACCAGAUAUGUUGCCUCCCGAGUGUCUACUCGAUGAUGACUUAAACAACCCAGAGUUUGAUGUGCCAACACUGGAUGAAUUGUUAAAAUUAAAAGGUUUUAAUCCUGCAGAACUUAAACCAUGUUUGUAUCCUGGUGGAGAGAAAGAAGCUGUUAGGCGUUUGGAAGAAUAUAUGAAAAACAAGUCAUGGGUAUGUAAAUUUGAAAAACCAAAUACAUCACCAAAUAGCCUAAAACCCAGCACUACUGUACUAAGUCCGUACAUGAAAUUUGGGUGUUUAUCUGCCAGUCAUUUUUAUUACAGAUUAAAAGAAGUUAUUGGUAAUAGCCCUCAUUCCAAACCUCCUGUAUCUCUGAUUGGUCAGUUGUAUUGGAGAGAGUUUUAUUAUACUGUUGGUGCUUCAACUCCCAAUUUUGAUAAAAUGAUUGGCAAUCCUAUUUGCUGCCAGGUACCAUGGGACGAUAAUCCUGAUGCUUUAGAAGCCUGGACUAAUGGUAGGACAGGAUAUCCAUUCAUUGAUGCCAUCAUGAGGCAAUUGAGAGAUGAAGGUUGGAUACACCAUUUAGCCAGACAUGCUGUUGCAUGCUUUUUAACCCGAGGAGACCUGUGGAUAUCUUGGGAAAAGGGUUUAGCUGUAUUUGAAGAAUUAUUGCUUGAUGCCGAUUGGUCAAUGAACGCUGGGAAUUGGAUGUGGUUGUCAGCGUCAGCAUUUUUCCAUCAAUUUUUCAGAGUUUACAGUCCAGUUGCAUUUGGUAAAAAGACUGAUAAGAGUGGUGAUUACAUCAGAAAAUAUAUCCCUGAAUUGGCCAAAUAUCCAGAUCAAUAUAUAUAUGAACCAUGGUCGGCACCCAAGUCCUUACAAGAAAGAGCUGGUUGUGUAGUUGGAGUGCAUUAUCCAAAACGAGUGGUAGUGCACGAAGAUGUGUACAAAAAUAAUAUUACAAAAAUGUCACUGGCUUAUAAGAGUACCAAAGCUGGCAAGAGUUCCAACAGUAAAAAAUCUAGAGAUAUGUCAUCAUCCCCUGAUAAGAAAAAUAUUAAAAAAUCUAAAUUAAAAUGAUUUUGUUGUUAUUUGGUUACCCAAUUUUUUUGGAUAAAUAAUUGCUCAUAUUGUGAUCUUUUAACCAUUUUUUGAAUUAUAUUUUUGUUACACUUUAUGUUAAUCUUAAAAAUGUAUAUUAUGCACCUACCUAUUUACUAUUUUUUUUAAUUCAAUAAUUAACAUUUUUGUACAUUGGUACUUAGUAAGUAUUCACAUACCUAAUUAAAGUAAUUAUUAUAAAUAUUGUUUCUAUUUUUCCAAUUAAUACAACAUGUUGUAACCUAUUGUAUAAGAAAAAUUAAUUUUUUUACUCAAUGUAUUAUUUUUUAUUAUUUACUAAUAUUAUUACCUAAGUUAUUUCUGAAUAAAAAUCGAAUCUUGUUUGAACAAUCAUGUAAGGUACUAACCAUAAUUAUAUUUAAUGAAUUUUAUUCUUUUUGUAAGAACACUGUUACUUGUUUUUUGUAACGCAAUAUACUAAGCUUUGCGGUCAUGUCGUAUAUCGUGUGACGUAUGGUUGUACUAAUUAGUUCCCGAGACUCGGCUCGAGAACGAGUACGUUGUACUGUUGUAGUACUGUAGUAGCACGUACACGAGUACAAGACAACCGAAUAUUACAGCGAUGACCAUGAUAAUGAAAGUGGUGAAUGGUGAUGAUGAUGAUGAUGAUGAUGAUGACGAUAACAACAACAACAACGACAACCUUGAAUAGAAAAACAAUCACGGUCGGUCGUCUAAAAAUCCAGUUGACGGCAUACUAUUAUUAUCAUUAUUACGACGUUUAAUACCGGUCAUGGCGGAGAAACUGGUUCGCGAUGACUUGUGUCCAAGUCCAAAUUACCCUGUCUAAUAAUUCAUGUGGUCGCCACUAUUAAUCCGUCGUGCACGAAUUAUUUUCUAAAAAAAACGAAAGAACCGAGGCGAAAAGAACUCAAAACGAGAAGGACGCCUCGUCAGGCCGUCGCGCGCGGAUUUCGCAUUUGGAUAAUUGGGUAUUUUAGCGUCGUGGCCCGGGCGGUGUGCCCGUUUCCCAUUGGCCGCAGCCCGAAUGGUGCGAUCGCGAAAGCCCGCCCAGCAAUACGUCGUCGGUUCGGCGCCGCCGGGUCGAGCGCCGACCACGUCGUCACGUGCGCGUACGGCUGUUUCGUUCGAGCCGGGUGAACGGGGCGCAGGUGUGGCCGCGGCCGCGGUUGUUCCAUGACGGCGGCAGCCACGCGUACGGACCGCGGGCCGACCAGGUGACGUCACGUCGUCGUGUUCCGGCCGGGAGCGAUCACCUUUUGCACCAACGCCGAUUUCCAAUCCCGUAACCGUUUCCGCGACCGCGAACCGACUAACCGAGACGAGUACGUCGCCCGCCAGUGUACGUGCGUGUCACCGUGGAAUAAAAAUUGCCAACCCGCGCGAGUGCUGCGAAUUAUUGAAAAUCGCCACUCGCACUGUACAACAAUCAUAAUUAUUAUUAUCGCUUGCGCUGCACAACAGUCGUAAAUAUCAUUAUUAUUUUCAAACACCGUGUCGAUCAUCCGCCGCCGCCGCCGCGGUAACAGUAAUAAUAAUACAAUAUCGCAUGGACGGUAUAUAUGUAGUAUUUAUAAUAUGUGUGUGCAAUUAUAUUUAUAAAUAAUUUCCGACACUCAUCAUCCGUCGUCCUCCAACGUGGGCCCCCGGGACGUGUGUCGCUCGCGUUAUCGGCUUUUUCGACAUUAUUAUUACAAGAUAAUCGUCUCGUCGUUAAAAAUCACGACUGCGUGCGCCGGGCCAUUAAGUAGUAUUAACGGUCGUAACAUUUGCUUAUCGUCGUCUUCAACGCGAGCGAUAAGUGCGGGCAACAGCCGGCGCAAGUGCCUACUGCCUACCUACCUACAUAGCACAUCGUAUUAUUAUCAUUGAAGAGUUUUUGUAGAAGGAGGUGGAAGGAGGAAGUUGCACACGAGAGUCGUUUGGAUUUCGUGGCCGGUUCCACAAUCCGCUCGCAGUUUUCGCGUUCGAGUGCCGCCGUCGUCCCGUGCGAUCCACACGAGAGACCGAGAGACGAAAACUGUCAGUAUUGUCGUCGCUGUCGGUCGUAGACUUUGUCGGUCGGUUCCCGGAGACGUGUUGUAGCGGCCGACGAGAUCGUCGUUUCCCCGUGACGUGUUCGACGAAAAG